AUGGCUGAUUUCAGUAGUAGCGAAAUCGGGUCAGAGGAUACAGAUAUAACUCAGAUAGAAUAUAGAUAUGAACAAUCCAGUGGUGAGUUCUCAUUGAAUUCCUUUAUACAAAUUAGUAUUGUAUUAUCAAUCUUCUUACACUUCUUCGGAAUAUGUCAUGAGAAAAUCUAUCAUUUCUUGAUUAUAUUUCCCAGUUCUGCUACAACACUGAAAGUAUUAACCGAUGAAAACACUUUAUAUGACACACAGAGAACUGUUCUGCGUUACUGGUGCUUUUUCUGUCUUUUUUGGACUCUUGAUCUCUUCAUCCCAUUCAACUAUGUCUAUUCGCUUGGUAAACUGUUUCUGCAUAACUAUUUUCUUCAGCGAGUGUUCAGGCCGAACUCGCUAUACAGUUAUAGAACGAAACAUCUUCGAACAAAACUCGAAACGCCUGUGAAUGACUAUAACAAAUUCAAGUUCUUGGAGCAAACAGAACAAAAACAAAACGGAGUAUACUCUCAGUAA